UUUAUAAUGGCCAAAACAAGUCGAAUAGGCUACCAGUAGGCCUUGUGAAAUGCUGUCAUCUAGGAAAAUGUUCUUAUCCGUGUACAUGUUGUGUGAUGACGGUGUUUACAGAGAAAGAAAAGCAUAAUUAUGUUUCAUGACAUCUAAAGAAAGUGUCCGUAAAGGAGGAUACAGAUAAUGGCGACUUCAUACAUAGACUCGUCAUCUGAUGGCGAGUUCAAUAAUGAGAAUGCCGAGGAUCUGUCAUACGGAAAUCUGACAUCGUUACCCGAGUUUUUAUUGGAGAGAGCUAGAGAUAUCAGAGCUCUGAGACUGAACCAGAAUGAAAUCAACAUCUUACCUCGUACAAUUAAACACUUUUCUAGCUUGAUUACCUUGGAUUUGAGUAACAAUAAUCUUAGUUAUUUGAGUGAUGAAAUUGUACAACUUCGACAUCUCAGGACAUUUAUUGCAAAAAACAACCACAUCAAGUCGGUUACAAUUCCUAAAGACUUUGGUCGAAUGUCUAGUCUAGAAGUGUUGAAUUUGAGUGGAAAUGAAAUCAAGGAAUUUCCUCUUCAGAUUACAGAGCUAUUUCGCCUGCGAGAUCUUCAUUUAGGAGGAAACAGUAUUAUGGAUGUACCGAACAGCAUUAAGAAUCUUUCAAGACUGGAGGUGCUGUACCUUGGAGGGAACCGUCUAACAGACAUACCAGCUGAGGUGGGAGACCUGUGUAGCCUUACCUCCUUAACUCUUUGUGAUAACCAACUUCAAAGUCUUCCACCGACUUUCAUCAAUCUGCGUCGCCUUCAGUCUCUGAGUCUCCAUAGCAACAACCUCUCAACUCUUCCUCAGGAAAUAGUGUCUUUAAACUUGGUAGAAUUAAGUCUACGAAACAAUCCUCUUGUGGUGAAGUUUGUACAGGACAUGGUAGAUUCACCACCAUCUUUGUUAGAAUUGUCAGGACGGGUUGUGAAAAUUGAAAAACUGCAAUAUAAGGAAGGCGAUCUUCCUCAGGAUCUCAUCAAUUACUUACAGUCUGCCCGCAGGUGUGUCAACCCCAAGUGUAAAGGUGUGUACUUCUCAUCGUGUGUGGAGCAUGUGAAGUUUGUGGACUUCUGUGGUAAAUACCGUCUGCCACUGCUACAGUACCUGUGUUCUCCCAUGUGUUGUGAUGGCCCUGCUAUGUAUCCCAACAACAGUGAAUCUGACACGGACGAUGAGGACACAGCACGAGCUAGACUUCGGCGGGUUCUCCUUGGCUGAUUUCUACCAUUUCUACCUACUUAACAUUAUUUCAUUUGUUAAAAAGACACUGAUUUGUUAUUGUGCUGCCUUAGACCGACUUUACUUCAAUUCAUUUUUUUUAAACAUUCGAAGAGUUUAUAUGCUAGACUGAAGUAUCUUGGGAGGGAAUUCAGAGAGAGAACUUCAUGGCUGUGAUGAAACCUAUUAUAAAUAGUAUUUAUAGAUCUGACAUUAUUCUCAACAAGGAGGAUUUCAAUUUGCAUACAUGUAUAUAAAGAACAUUCUUGAUAAAGAAAAUUUUAUCAUACACUCCCCUGUUCCAGUUUAUAUUGUGAACUUUUCUGAUUAGUAAGAAUUGAAAUGGUCUAAUUUUGAACAUUUUACUUCACAAUUUGGGUGCUAUAUUUUAUAUUUUAGAUGUCUGGUAAAUAUUGUUAUGUUUUGUUUCAUUAUAAUGAUCAUCUAAACUAGAAGCAUGAGUUUUGUUUGCUCAGAAGAUGUUUGAUCAAGGUGCUGGUCAUGUCAUUUCUUCUGUAAGUAUUUUUUCUUUGUGAUCACAUGCGACGAGUUGUGUAUAGUUUUACCAAAAAGACCAAUAUUCAUUAUACAUAUACAUAGUAUUUUAAUUAAUCUUUAAAAUGUUAUGAAAUUUUUUAGAAAAUGUACAUGUUAAUAAUUUUUUGGGUGGAAAAAAUAUUGAACUUUCAUAUCAAUUGUAUCAUUUUUAUUAGCUCACCUGGACCGAAGGUCCGGUGAGCUUAUGUCAUGGCGCAGAGUCCGUCGUCCGUCCGUCGUCCGUCAACAUUUGCUUCAAAUCGCUACU